AUGGCGGACACUCGAUGUGUCGAUUCGGGCCUGCAACUCGAUGUUGAUCUCAUGAUCUUGGAAUACACGCUUUAUCAAGCCACGAAAGCACGACUGGAAGCACUGCAGGCGGAGACAGGGCACCAAAAGACUGAUUCCACCAGGCAAAUUUUGAUCUUUGAGACUGUUUUACGCCUGUUCAACACGGCUCAUUCCAAAUAUAUCAAGACUAAGGAAUUAUUGUUCAACAUUAAAAUACUCGAGUUGCUCGUCCUUGUUACCGCUGGCUCUGCAGAAGAUUUAACGGAAAGCCAUGUUCGCGAUUUGAAGAAGGAAGCUUCAGAGAAUCGUACGAGGCGCCAAAGGUGGGCAAAAUUGAGACGUGCCCAAGUUCAACAGCCAGGAGCAGUUCCCACGCCGUCACAAAAUAGUCUUACUCACAUCAUUGAGUGCCAGAUCUACGGCUCAUGGGACAGUCAAGAACCACAAGGAGGUGUCUUGCACGAUGACCUGAUGGGUACACUGUUUGGUCUGCUUCCCAGAUUUAUGGAAAUUUCAGCAGAGAUGGCUAGUAUCGCCGGAGAACCUAAUGCAGGUUGGGCGAGAAUUGCAUCCGAGUUUAUGCUCCAAGCCAGUUUGGAGUGUCUGAGGUCAAAGAUGCUAACAGGGACAAGUGGUGGACCAAGCUUGGAAGAGUGUUUUGCUUGGGGCUUUAUCAAUGACGAUGAUGAUCGGUCAAAUAACGAUAUCUCUCAACGACAGCAAGACCUAGAGAUCGCGAUCAAGGAAUUAUUUCGUCGAGAAUCAGAAUACGCAGAUGAGAUCUUGCAAGAGGAAAAGCCCAUGUGGACAGAUAUUCGACACCAAUACCUAUCGGAGUUCUCCAUAUCGGACGACGCCUCGGCCAACUCGCAAGAUUGGCGCCUCGAGCGCCUCACAGCAAAAUAUCCGCCAGCGGAUUUCCAAGACACACUGGUAGACUACAUUGAGAGUGUGUGGGAGAAUCACAAUGAGGCUUUUGGUCUUCCGAUCCUAGUUGAGAUCGAACAAGGCCAUAUAAAAAGCCUCAAUAUUGAAGAGAAAGACUUUGACGAAUUUAUGUCGAAGGUGGGACUGAGGAAGAACUCCUCUAACGUUCUCACCUUUAACUUUACAGGCUAUAAGCUAUAG